UGGAUCCCGCAUCAUACCGUGGUAUUGUGAUCUACAAAACAGGUGGUGGUUACCCUCAGGGAUUGUCCAAGGAUCAAAAGUCAAAUUUUCGAAAAAAAGUUGCUCUUUAUUGCAUUGAAGAUGGAGAGCUCUACUAUACUAGAUAUAAAGGCACUUCACGUAAACUCAAAGUGAAGGUUGUUUGUGGUGCAGAGGAUGCAAACAAUCUUUUUUGGAGUUCCAUGCAAGCAACAUUGGUGCACAUUGUGGACAGAAAAAACCAAAGAUGCCAUAUCAAAAAGAUUUUACUGGCCAGGGAUGUCAAUAGAUCUUGACAAAUGGGUGGCUGAAUGUGUGUCAUGUCAGACUGCCAAAGCAUCAAUUAAAGAAGAAGUACAAUUUACACCUAUACAUGUUACACAGCCCUUUGAACUUUUGGGUAUGGAUCUGAUUGGGAAACUCUCACUCACAGACAGUGGCCAUCAGUACAUAUGUGUAAUGAUUGAUUACUUGACCAAAUGGCCACAGGCAUAUCCACUUCAAUCUAAGUCGGCAGAGGAGGUCACAAACUGCAUUAUUAAGUUUUUUUAUCAGUUUGAGGCACCAAAACGUGUACUCACAGAUCAAGGGAGGGAGUUUGUUAAUCAGAUCAACAAAAAUGUGUCCAGAAUUCUCGGAAUCAAAAGGAGUUUGUGUUCACCUUAUCAUCCGCAGACAAAUGGUCUUGUUGAAAGAAUGAAUGGGACAAUACAGAGGGCUCUCUGUAAAUUAGUUUCAAAAAAACCAAAGCAAUGGGAUAAACAUCUUGAUGCUGUAAUGUUCGGAUUGAGGACCAAAAAACAGAUGACCACGAAGUUUUCCCCCUUUUAUAUGAUGUUUGGUCGUGAGGCACGAUACCCAUCUGAGGUCCCUGAAUAUUAUAAGAUCGACAACACUGUUGAAGCUGUCAUGGGGAUUGAAGAAAUGACUGAGAGUGUCCUAAAACUUGAUGAAGUUAUUCAAACUGCCCUGACCCACACUGCUCAGGUCCAGAAACAAAUGAACAAAAAAGACAAAAAAUCACAAAAAAUUAAAUUCUCUGUGGGUGACAGGGUGUGGAGGUUGAAUGUUCGAAGCCAGCAGAGAAAAGGAGGAAAACUGGAUCCAGAUUUUCUAGGCCCUUACACCGUUAAAACUAUAGAAGGGAAGAGUGCUGAUCUGGCAGAUGAGAGAGGGUUCAUUUUAAAAAAAAUAAAUAUUGACCACAUGAGGCUGUAUAUUGAGGAGACUCCACGCAUUCCUCACAAGAUUGUCUCUGGGAUGUCCACAGCAACACCUGCAUCACAAAACACCUCUGCUGCAUCACCUGCAAAUGUGUUAUCACCCACCACCUCAGCAUCAUCAGUGCCAUCACCCACCACAGCAGCAUUAUCAGUGCCAUCACCCACCACCACAGCAUCAUCAGUGCCGUCACCCACCACAGCAGCAUCAUCAAUGCCAUCACCCAGCACCACAGCAUUAUCAGUGCCAUCACCCACCACCACAGCAUCAUCAGUGCCAUCACCCACCACCUCAGCAUCAUCAGUGCCAUCACCCACCACCACAGCAUUAUCAGUGCCAUCACCCACCACCACAGCAUUAUCAGUGCCAUCACCCACCAUCACAGCAUCAUCAGUGCCAACACCCACCACCACAGCAUUAUCAGUGCCAUCACCCACCACCACAGCAUCAUCAGUGCCAUCACCCACCACCACAGCAUUAUCAGUGCCAUCACACACCACCACAGCAUCAUCAGUGCCAUCACCCACCAUCACAGCAUCAUCAGUGCCAACACCCACCACCACAGCAUCAUCAGUGCCAACACCCACCACCACAGCAUCAUCAGUGCCAUCACCCUCCACCACAGCAUUAUCAGUGCCAUCACCCACCACCUCUGACAUGGCUGCAAUAUCUUUCACCACUGCUGCAUCUGUGUCAUCCCCUACCAACUCUGUAGCAUCUGCAACACCUGUACAUUCAGUUGCAACCUUGCCAUCACCCACCAUCUCUGCCACAGCACAAUCACUUAUAACCUUAGCAAAAUCUGUGCCUUCUCACUUCAGCUUAAAAGCAGUUGUGGUAUCAACCACCACCACCACAGCAACAGCAGUACAGGACAACCUCAACAACAGUACCUCAGCAACAGGAUUAACAGUUGUUAACCAAUGUAUCCAAGAGGCUUGGUCAGGAAAAAUGUCUAUGUGUUGCUGUCCAGAAUUGGACCAUACAAAAUCUUCUUUGCAGACAUUAAUAAAACUGCUCCAAAUAAUGAGCUUGAAAGUGAGGUCAUAAAUGCAUACAUGUCUCUUCUUGUAAAGAGAUUCAAUACACAUUCAGAAGUACAAGCAUUCCAAAUUGACACAUUUGAAAUGACAAAAAUCUGGAAUGGAAAAAGAUCAAAACUAAAGGUUGAUCCCACAAUGUACAAAUAUCUCAUUGGCAUUGUGAAUGACCAUCACCACUGGACAGUUGUGAUUAUGCUACCAUCCCAAAGGAGGGCUUUGUUCCUUGAUCCCAUGGGAGAAAUUUCUUCCAAUCU